UUCAUUUGAUUCGAAUUCGCUUGUAGUCUGUCGCUCUCAUUGCAAUUUACAUUAAUUUUGCAAAUUUUAUGUCUGUUACAAAGUAUCAACACGCAGUUACAAUUUCAAUACAGUUUAAAAAAUUCUAGACAUGGAAAAUGUUCAACACGAAAUAGAACAAGAAUCAGAUGAAGAUUGUGAAGUGUAUUUUUUAAAACCCGUUAAUGAAUACAAUAUAGUGGAUAAAAUUAAAGAAGCUAAUAAGGAAUUAUUCGGCAAUGAACUUGCCGAUGACAAUGAACUAAUGGCUGAAGCACAACAAAAUCGUAAAGUUAGUUUUGCAGCCAAUUUAGAAGAAUAUGAACCACAAAAUGGUAUAAAUCUAAGAGAGCUGGAAGACAAAUUAGGCAAAGAACCGGAGGAAAAUAAGCAAGAAAUUGAAAUAGAACAGAAAUUAGAUGUUAUAACUGAAGAGGAGGUAGUCAAUGAUGAUGAGGUUAAUGAUGAUGAUAUAAAUGAUUGCAAAGCUAAUGAAAAUUGCGAUACUAACACCCAACAAGACAGGGAAGAAGAAAAAGAAGAACCUGCAUCUACAGACAUGAAUGAUAAUGAAUCUAAUGAGAAUUUAAAUGAAGCUCAAGAGCGGCCAGAAUCUUCAGCAAUUUGUGAAAGUGUGGAUGAAAAUGUUAUACUAGAAGAGAUUUGUGAAGAAAUACUUGUAAUGGAUAUGGAAAAUUAUGAAAAGAUCGAAGAAGAAAAAGAAGAAGUUACAACAAAAUUUGAUAGUCCUAGUGCCAUGCAACGCAAAAUGUUAAAACAAAUAACAUUCGAUUAUACCGAGGAAGAUGAUGAACCGGACAACAAAAGUCUAACUAAUCUUUUAAUAUCCGACAAUGAAAAUGAUCCGAAUGAAGACGAAGCUGCUAAUGAGGAUUACAAUUGUAAUGAAUCUAUAAAUGAAGACACAGACAACGAUGAAACAAUUCCCCUAACCCAUAACGAAUACUAUGAAGACGAUGAGGAAGAUGAUAAAUUGUCCAUAAUAGUAGCCUCUUACUUACCCGAUGAUAUGGCCUGUGAUAAAACCUCCUUAAACGCAUCAUCUCGCAAAUGCUCACCACAUUCUAAUAAAUCUCGUAAAUUACCUUUCAAUAAACGUUUUUCAUUUCGACGUAAAGCAAGAUCCUCAAAUGCCAUUGGCUCCUGUUCAAAUCAUCAUUCCUCAAACAAUCGCCGCUUUAUGCCGCCACCCGAAGUAACGGAUUUAAAGCUGCAUUACAAAACCUGUUGCGAAUUUAAAAAUGCUCAACAAAAAUUACCCAAUUAUACGGGUUACCUAUCAGAAUAUGGUCUCUCGAAAGAGCAGUUAAUUGAAAGAGAUCGUAAAUUACAGCAAAAACAACAAGGCAAAGAGGUGAAUUCAUUAAGGUCGACGGAAGCAGAUAUGCGUAAAAUGCAUGAUAAUGAGAGAGCUUUCACAACAUGGCUUAAGAACAAAAUGCGCUUUCCUAUAAAUAAAACACGAAAUAUGUUCGAUGUUAAGAGACCAUUUGGUCUUAGGAAAUCUACAAGUGUGGGUGGUAAUACUUUAAAUGAGGACACUAAACAGAUUUUAAAUACUACAAAAUAUCGUAGUAUUAGUGCUAAACUUAAAAGAUCAUAAAUCGAUAAUAUAAUAUAUUUUAAUUUACUUACAUUUUUACGAGCUUAUGUAAUCCGCUA